GAGAUCUCAAAUUCGCCAUCUGUAUUCAAAAUUAACAAUUACCAUCAUUACCACUUACCAACAAAAUCACACAAAAGUGAUACCUAACCCCGAAAUUAUAUUUCUGAUAAAAAGUUAAACCUCAAAUCAAUCUGAUAUUAAUAGUGAUUUUUAAUAAAUGACAAGUACAAAAUGAUAAAAUUAAUUAAUAAGUCGUCAUUAUUAUUAAAUAAUGUCAUAAACCAAGUAGGCAUUGUAAGGCAUUUAAGUAAAUUUGUCGGCUUUGAAGGUAAAGUAUAUGAAUAUUUACAACCAAGAAGUAUUGUUAAGCCACCAUAUCACCAUGUUUGUCAAAUUGGCGAUCCUGUUUUACGUUCGGCUGCUGAAUCUAUUGAGUUGGAAAUUAUCAGAACCGCGGAAUUCAAAAAAUUUGUCGACCAUUUAAUAAAAGUAAUGCGCACUUACGAUGGAUUUGGAAUGUCCGCCCCGCAAAUAGGAGUCUCUUCACAAAUAUUCGUAAUAGAGACAACAAAAAAACAAUACAAUGAAAUGAUCUUAGAAAAAACUGCGGGUCAACCGGUUGAAGAAGUGCCACUCACUGUUUUUAUAAAUCCUACGGUUAAAGUAACCGACUUUUCAAUUACCCAGUACCCUGAGUGUUGCGCGAGUAUUUGCGGGCUGAUGGCCAAUGUACCCAGAGCCAAAGGCAUCCAAAUAAAGGCCUUAGAUAUCAAUGGGGAUCCGUUCACUUGGGAUGCAGUCGGCUGGCCUGCCAAAAUUGCGCAGCAUGAAUUUGACCAUUUGCAGGGUAAAUUGUAUACUGAUAUAAUGGACCGUAAAUCUUUGAGCUGCGCUGUUUGGGAAGCUGUAAAUCGACGGGCGGGAAAAGUUUCUAUUGAUUAUUACCCUGUUGCAAGAAGUAGAUUACGACGUUUGUUUUUCACAUAAGUUAUUUUUAUCUUAUUAAUAAUUUAUCAAUAAAUAAUUAAAAUAUAAUAAUUAAUCAUUUUAAAUUUCAAUUUCCCGCUAAAAAUAUUAAAUAAAAAAUGGGUUCGCCCUUUAUUCAAAUUUAGAAGUUUUUUUUGAUUAAUUCAAAUUUUUGCAAUCGAAUUCGAUUGUAAAUUUUAAAAAAUAAGAGUUUUUUGUUUUUCAUAAAAUUUGCAGUUGAGUUUUCAUGAAAUUUUGAUAACAAAAAUAUGAAAUAAAUUUUCAAUCGUAGAAUUUUGUAAAUAUGGACGAAUCUCGAGACUGACUAAUUAUUUCGCGCAUUUUUUUUUCAAAAAAUACGUUAAUUAUUUUCUAUUGUUCCCAUUUUGUAACGGAGACAAAAAAAAAAUUCAAAAUUAUCGACUUUAUGAUUUAGUCUAUUUUUUAAACUUUAACUUAAAAUUGUAGCUUAACCCUCGACUGGUCAACGUAUGAGCGUGACACCGCUCUUGAUUCUAUUAUUUUUAUUACAAUUACAUUUUCUACUAAAAAGGUUUGAAAAAAUUGGACUUUGUUCUUCACACAUUUUAGAAUAUUUAAAAAAUUUUUUUGAGCAUGUUUAGAAACAUAAAGUUGCUGUAAAAAAAAUUAUUGAAAAAAAAGUACAAAAAAGGUAUCUAUAAAUUUUUCGAUAAAUCCCAUCAGUUAGACACUAGGACGUUUUAAAGUCGGCAUGGAAUAAAAAUACACUAUUUCUCUCAGAUUUAUUUUAUUAUAAUUAAUUCAUAUUUAUUAUUAAUAAUCAUAUAACAUAUAUCAAUUAUUGAUAGUUUUCAUAAUAUCAGACUGUAACAAAAAUUUAUUCAACAUAUUUUAUU